CAACGGCACAGACAACAACACGGAGGGCUGCUGCGCUGCUGUGGGCAAACUAACUUCUCAAUGUGAAGCUAUCCCAUGAUGCAACAUGCGUCCCCAGCACCUGCAGUGACAAUGAUGGCCACCCAGAGUGUUCCUCCACCAUCGUACCAGGAGAGCCAACAGAUGACGGGCACCACUCAGCAGAACGCCAAGACCCCACAGGUCCAUAUCCCAGCAGCCACUGCAGCAGGAAAUACCUCCGUCAGUGCGACCCUUGACCCACAGGCCCAGCUUGAGUCUGACAAGAGGGCUGUUUACAGGCAUCCACUGUUCCCCCUGCUGGCCUUGUUGUUUGAGAAAUGCGAGCAGGCCACACAGGGAUCUGAAUGCAUCACGUCUGCCAGCUUUGAUGUGGACAUAGAAAACUUUGUGCACCAGCAGGAGCGGGAACACAAGCCCUUUUUCAGCGAAGAUCCAGAGCUCGACAACUUGAUGGUGAAGGCCAUUCAGGUGUUGAGGAUCCACCUCUUGGAACUAGAGAAGGUCAAUGAGCUCUGUAAGGAUUUCUGCAACCGUUAUAUCACCUGCCUGAAGACCAAGAUGCACAGCGACAAUCUCCUCCGUAAUGACUUGGGUGGACCCUAUUCUCCGACACACAACAGUCUCAGCAUGCAGCAGGAACUAAUUCAGACCUCCUCUCCAUCCAUGACCUCUGUCUCCAGCUCUGUUACCCCUUCAGGGAUUGUGGUGCCCGCCGGGGGUCUGCAACAAGGCAAUGUCUCCAUGACUACCAUAAACUCUCAACUGGUUUCCGGUGGGACCCUGUACCAGCCGGUUGCCAUGGUGACAUCACAAGGGCAAGUGUUAACGCAGGCACUGCCACCAGGAACCAUCCAGAUCCAGAACUCACAGUUAAACGUGGACCUAUCGUCCCUGUUGGACAGCGAAGACAAGAAGUCCAAGAAUAAGAGGGGGGUCCUGCCCAAACACGCCACCAAUAUCAUGCGGUCCUGGCUCUUUCAGCAUCUCAUGCACCCAUACCCGACAGAAGAUGAGAAAAGGCAGAUUGCUGGACAAACAAACCUAACCCUCCUGCAAGUGAACAACUGGUUUAUCAACGCUCGCCGUCGCAUCCUCCAGCCCAUGCUGGAUGCCAGUAACCCAGACCCUUCUCCUAAAGCGAAGAAGAUGAAGUCCCAGCACCGUCCCACACAGCGCUUCUGGCCUGACUCCAUUGUGGCUGGGGUUCUGCAGACACACAGAUCUCAAUCAGGAAACAACUCAGACAACCCGCUGAGUCUGGACAGCCUCCAGUCCCUGUCCUCAGACUCAGCCACGCUGGCCAUGCAGCAAGCCAUGCUGGGAGCUGACGACUCCAUGGACGGCACAGAAGAGGAUGAAGAGGAGGAGGAGGAAGAGGAGGAGGAGGAGGAGGAAGGAAUGGAAGAGGAAGAAGAGGAAGAGGAUGGGGAGGAAGAAAACGAUAGGGGGAGGCCGAUGUCCGGCGGAGGACGGGCGAGGAGAGAUCUGAGCAUGGAGCACAGAGAGGAACUGGAGUUGUUCGCUGUAUGCCGUGGUUCGCUUCAGGUUUUCAAAAUGUCCAUCGCCCAGGCGGCGGCCAAGGCCAUGCUAUCUGAUGCCCUGCUUCAGCACGGCUCUGAGAUAAACCGGAUCAGCCACCUGGAGCUGGAGCUACCUCUGGACAAGGUCAUCAAAUUUGUGUCUGUCGGCCUUCCACUGCUGCUGGUGUGCAUGGCGUUCGCCCGCGAAAUCUCCCUGGGGCCCCAGAUCAGCUGUUUCCCUCCCAGCAAUUUCACCAUCAAGCAGGCCAGCUACGUCGACACGUACUGCUGGGACUCUCUAAUGCAUCAUGAGUUUGACAGCGAAGGGAACUUCGAGGAGCGCUCUCUCUGGGUUCACAAAAUGUUCCCUUACUCCCUUAUGGCCAUGGCGGUGCUGAUGUACCUGCCAGCUCUGAUCUGGCGCCAGCUCGUCAUGCCCACACUGAGCUCAGACCUGCUCUUCAUAAUUGACGAACUAGACAAGUCGUACAACCGUUCGAUCCGAAUGGCCCAGAGCAUUCUUGAUAUGCGGCAGAACACCAAGAACCCCCUCACAUUUCAGGCUGAGCUGAAGAGGGCCAAGAAGAAGCGAUACUUUGAGUACCCUCUACUGGAGAGAUACAUGCAGUGCAAGCAAAACUCCUACUUCCUCGUUAGCAUGCUUUUCUUGCGGGGCUUCCUCCUCCUGAUCUUCAUGACUGCUGCCUGCCUCUACUUGGCCUACUUCCACCUCUCUGCCUUCCUGCAGGACGAGUUCAGCUGCUUUGUCCGCACGGGCAUGCUGCGUGACCAGAACUGGGUUCCGGAGCUGGUUCAGUGUAAAAUGAUUGGCCAGCUGGUCUUUCAGGUGAUAAGUGUGGCCAAUGGCGCAAUUUACGUCCUGUUGGCUCCCAUUGUUCUUUUCAGCUUGAUCCGGCUCUUUGUUUGGGACACCACCUUCAUCUCCGUCUAUGAGGUGCUCCCAGCUCUGGAUCUCAUGAACCACCGCCGGCUUGGCUGCCCACUGAAUGACCUCAAUGUCCUUAUGUUGUUCCUGCGUGCCAACGUAGCGCACUUGAAGUCGUACGGAAAAGUGAGAGCAUUGUGUUCACUGGCCCCGCCACAGGUGGGCAACACCACUGCAGGGCAAGGCUUAAACGCAAUGUUGACCCAAGAAGAGAUAGAGGAGCGUGAAGAGGCUGCGAUGGAGCUGGCAGAGGAGGUAGAGGAGGCCAAGGAGGAGGGAAAACUCAACCUAGUGGAUAUCAUGACUAUUCUGGGAGCAGCACAAGGACGAGUGAUAAACUGCAGCGAGAAGAGGCCUCUCGUGGAGGAGAAUAUGAGUCUGGGUACCGUAACAUUCAUCUACACACUUAAACGCAUUCUGCUAGUGGCUAUUUUUGUCUUCAUCAUCUGGGAUGUACAGAAAAUUUUUAAGUGA